GCAGCGGGACGAAUGCAAUUGGUGGAGGGAGGAAACGCGGAACAGGGCGCACAGAGGCGUGGAGUUGAGGAUGCGGAAUUAACGCAUCCGCUGCGCCCGAACCGGACUGAAUAUGGCGAGCACCGAGAGCAAAAGUGGGUCUUCGGAAAACUUUCACACACCCGAGCCAAGGGGAUCGGAUCAGCAGGGCGCGAGAUGGGGUCCACAGCAUGCAGGUGCUCGAGAGCUCGCGGAGUUAUACUCGCCAGGAAAAAGAUGUCAGGAAUGGAUCAGUGUGCUUCUUUGCUUUACCCUCAUGGCCUUCAACUUUUGUUACCUGGUAACAUACUUCCACCUGGGACACACCUGGUACAUCCUCCUGGGCAUCGUGGCAGGGAUCCUCACAGCAGACUUUGCCUCUGGUCUGGUCCAUUGGGGUGCUGACACAUGGGGUUCAGUGGAUCUGCCCAUCGUUGGCAAGGCCUUCAUUCGUCCAUUUCGAGAGCACCACAUUGAUCCAACAGCUAUAACACGCCAUGAUUUCAUUGAGACAAAUGGUGAUAACUGUAUGUUGACUAUCAUCCCUCUCGCUAACAUGGCCGCAAACUUCUUGAUGCUCUCACCAGGGGAGAUCUAUCGAAACUACCCAUGGUACUGUUACGUCUUUGCUUUAGCCAUUUUUGUUACACUGACCAAUCAGAUUCACAAAUGGUCGCACACAUAUUUUGGGCUCCCACGCUGGGUGACGCUUCUUCAGGACUGUUACAUCAUUUUACCAAGGAAACACCACAGAGUUCACCACGUUUCACCUCAUGAAACCUACUUCUGCAUUACCACAGGCUGGUUGAACUAUCCUCUAGAGAAACUGGGAUUCUGGAGAAACCUGGAAGAUCUGAUCCAGAGCCUGACAGGAGAGAAACCCAGAUCAGAUGACCUCAGAUGGGCCCAGAAAACCAAGUAAUCUUCCUCUGCCAUCGACCCACUUCCCCUACCUCAGACCUGCUUAUAGGAGAACAGUCUUUUUUUUUUUCUCCAUCUACUUGUCCUCCCUCAGACAGAACAAGAGGAAUGGCAAGAUAUCAAAGCCCAAAUAAGAAAGCCAUCAAUUCUUAGCAAAAGUUGAGAGAAAUGGGGUUGACAAAGCAAUUGAAAGCAAUAUCCCACCCUGCUCACUCUAAAGACCCAAACAUCCAAAUCCUUGUUGAAAACUUGAGACUUUUGUGAAAUGUUUAAAACUCUUCAAAGUGCAAAAAAACACAAAGCGAAUUUAAAUUGUCAAUACUUGAACAAGUGGGCUAGUUUUUGGACACCUUCUCAUCUUUCAGCUGCUCAAAUUUUUUUUGCUGAAUAGCUUGGACUGGCCUCUGCACUUUUGGGUUUGGCUUUUGGGACUGAUAUCUCUUGCUCUCACCCUUUAUUUGUUUGGGGUUAAAGUGCAGUAAACUCUAGGCAUUUUGGCUCAUUCACCACAGAGGGCUGAAAACCUGUGUCUUCAUCUGUUGCUUGAGUCUGAACGGACGGAGCAGCAUCAUAUGCAGUCUUACUUCAGUACGCCUUAAAAGAUGAAUCGCAAGAAACUUGAUUUGCUUGGCCUCAUCCUUACAUUCAUCUUUUCACUAUUAACACUUUCUUUUGAAGCACAUUUGCAAAUUUAGAGGUGCUGAAAGCAGUCAGCUCUUGGCCAAGAGGUGUAUAUAAGAAGUAUUUCCACGUAGGUCAAUAUUUAGGUUAAUAAUGUCUCUGUGUGAAUAAGCAAUGUCUUCGCAAAUAUCAAAACUCAUGAGACACUCAGAAUAGGCCUCAUAUGUUUCUAUUUUUAUUUUGCAAUAACUUAAUCAUAGGGUAGAUUGGUGUGAGCUUGACCAGCUGACUGACAUAAACUUAAACUUACACUCCAUUGCUUGGGUUUUAGGUCUGUAUACAUUGUUACUUAACAGUUUAAUGUUCAACUUAACACUAGCAUGUUAAAUGACACAACUCGUAGUUCUUAUUUAAUAAUAAUUUGAAAUGUUAAAGGUGGUUACAGCAUGAUGAAAAUGACAGAAUCAACAUCUAGCUGUCUAGUGACUUACAACUACUACUAACUGCUUAUUUAAGGAGCGUUAUAUACAUUUUCUAUUAUAAAGCUGCAAUGACAAUGGACUAGAAAAAGAUUUAUUUACUUUACUUUAUAUUAAAAUACAGUAGUCAUAUUUUUAAUUAUUAGAAAUAUUAAAGUUAAUCUUUCACUAAUAGAAAAAAAACUAUGCUUUGCUUUGAAAAAUGAGUGUUGCUAUUUAAGCCAUGUAGUUUAGACAGCGUUUAUCAUGUCGUCUUAUAAGAGUGAGGAAACUGAAGAAGUCAUGAACAAUUUAACAUUUUAUAUCACAUACAACAUAAUUGUGAUCAUUUUUUGUUGUGCCAAUUAGUUUAAUCAUUUUUUAACACAUUAACUGUUACACCCUGUUUGCACAAAUGAUUAUCAGUGAAAAUAUUUCUGAUCUUCAGCCCUUCAAAACUUAAAAGGUCAACCUAAAUGAGUUAUAGAUUAGAAGUUUAAUGCUUGUGUGCAUUUUCAUGCCAAAACCUUGUUACUGUCAGCAGGAAUGUGGCAGUUGUUGUGUUUAAUAGGUCAGUGUGGUGAUAGUACAUGUUUAAGAUAGGUCAAUGCUAUAGAAGGUCAGAGAAGAUGUUUUAAAGAACAAAUUCAUUUGUCCAAUAUGUAAAACUGUUACAAUGGAGUCAGCCAGAACUGUAAAAAAAACAUAUAUAAGGUGUUUUGAGCUGA